AUGGGUUGCGGCAGCUCUAAACCGGAGGUGAUUGAGGACACGGAGGAGAUGAUACAAUCGUUUGUAUUUGUUCCUCAUGCACCACCACCACCAUUGGAACGUUCGACUACUGGAGCUGGCACGCAAAGGCCGCAGCAUCCUAAGCAAGUGACCUGGGCAGACGCGCCUCCAUCACAUCAAACUCGCCCGAGUCAGAGCACCACACCCAGGAUCACCAAGAAAUUGUCCAUUGAGCCGCCGCAUCCCCACAACAACGUACCUGGCAGCUCAGAGUCUGUCAGUCCAAUGAGUGCCAUUUCCAUGGACCCAAAGGACGAUCCAUCUAUUGAACCAAACUACCAAAGUAAGCCUAGGAAAGCCAAGCGCGAUUAUGAGGCAUUCAUAGAUGCAAGAGAAUGGUCAGCCGAAGUGGAUGAACGAGAGGCAAGGCAACAACUCCAGGCAAGGCAAAAACGCCAGGCACAAAAACUCCAGGCAAGGCAAGAACUCCACCCACAUGCGGCAUCAUGA